AUGCCGGAAAGCGGUGUGGAACCAGAGGAUGAUGAUGAUGACUCCGAAGAGACCGAGGACGUCCAGCAGGCCCUUGAGGAUAGCGAUGUCCAAGAGGACGACACUGCCGAGGAUGCUGCUUUCACCAGGAGCAGGCGUCGUAAGCAGAUAGACGAAGAUUUUAUUACAACGGCUGAAUCAAGUCCUAGCGAACAAGAUAAUGAUGCCGUUGGAACUUCUCCGCCUUCCCCUGCCAAAAAAGGGCCGUCAGGCUUCUUUGCUGCCGAAGAUGACCUGGACAUCUCUGACGAUGAUAAUGUUCCUCUCGCAAAGAGGGCCAAAUUAUCUUUUGAGAAAACGGCAUCAGCUAAGGAGCCGAAUCCCUCUCCUGCCAAGUCGACACCGCCCACAAGAACGAUUGUAGAGAAAAUUCCGGUGUCGAAGGUUAUUCCUUCUGGCGAUGUCCCCAAUUCAUCGGCUGCUCGCGACCACCCGAUUUAUGCCACAGUCGAUGCCGUGGUAGAUUUCGCUGAGCAGUUCACCCGACUAGAGGCUGAAAAUGCUCAGCUUCGGAAGACUGUCAAAACUUCGGCUGAUCAGGUGCUGGAUGCCAACAGGCUUGUCACCGACGCCAAGAGUGAAAAUGCCUUGCUGAAGGAGGAGUUGAAGAAGCUAAAGCGGCAGAUGAAGGACGAACAAGACGCCAGGCGUGAGGCUACGGCUGCAACCGAUAAGAAGGAAGGCGUCCUCCGUGAAUCCAUCAAGGAUUUAUUGGAGGUUGCCGAUAUAACCAUCACUUGA